GUUAGGCCCGCCCAGUAGAUCCUGAGGUGUCUGUUAUUCCUGUCGGGGGAGGCGUGAGCUCUGCCGGUACCAACAAAUGUCAAGCAUCCAACGCUAGCCUCUGUCAGUUCCCGGUCUCCAAACCCAGAGCCCAGUCUUCUUCCUGCGCAACGCCACUCAUCCGCGUCCCCGCCCCCGGGCUCUCGCUGUGGUUUCCUAGGGAACGACGCUGAGCGUCGGCGGCGAUUGGGCCAGGUCGCGCGUGCGCACUGCGCUCUGUUGGUGGCGACCCCGCGGUGGUUGCGGAGAUCUGGCUGCUGCACGGCAUGGCCCAUUUCUCCAGCGAGGAUGAGGGGAUGCUGCAGGCCAUGCUCCGGCAGCUGUUCCAGAGCGUGAAAGAGAAAAUCACCGGAGCUCCCUCCUUGGAGUGCGCAGAGGAGAUCCUCUUGCGGCUGGAGGAGACUGACGAAAAUUUUCACAACUAUGAAUUUGUGAAAUACCUCAGACAGCACAUAUGUAACACGCUGGGGUCUAUGAUUGAAGAAGAAAUGGAAAAGUGCAUAUCUGAUCAGAAUCAGGGGGAGGAGUCUGGCUAUGACACGGUUGUACAGCAUGUUACCAAAAGAACACAGGAAUCCAAAGAGUAUAAAGAAAUGAUGCACUCCCUGAAGAACAUUAUGAUGGUGGUGGUCGAGGCGAUGAUGAACAAGUUUGAGGAAGAUGAGACACGGAGUCAGGACAGGCAGAGGAAAAAGCAGAAGGAGCAGAGCGGCAGCUGCACGGACAAUUGCUCCGACAGCGACUCCUCCUUCAAUCAGAGUUACAAAUUUUGUCAAGGGAAACUACAAUUGAUUUUAGAUCAGUUGGAUCCUGGGCAACCUAAAGAGGUGAGAUAUGAAGCUUUGCAAACAUUAUGCUCAGCUCCCCCAUCCGACGUCCUGAGCUGUGAAAACUGGACCACUCUCUGUGAAAAGCUGACCACAUCUCUGUCUGAUCCGGAUCCUAUGUUCACUGACCGGAUUUUAAAGUUCUAUGCACAGACUUUUACACUCUCGCCACUACACAUGACCAAAGAGAUUUAUACCAGCUUAGCUAAAUAUCUGGAGUUAUAUUUUCUUUCUAGAGAAAACCACCUUCCUACUCUUUCAACUGGAGUAGACAUAACCAGUCCCAAUGUGACCCGCUUACUGAAAAAGGUUCGCCUUCUGAAUGAGUAUCAGAAAGAGGCUCCAUCGUUUUGGAUUCGUCACCCAGAGAAGUAUAUGGAGGAAAUUGUGGAGAGUACUCUGUCCUUGCUGUCAGUCAAACGUGAGCAAAGCCACCUAGUGGCACAGAAGAUUUUGGAUCCCAUCUAUUUUUUUGCGUUAGUUGAUACUAAGGCUGUGUGGUUCAAAAAAUGGAUGCAUGCAUAUUACAGCAGAACCGCAGUACUGAGACUUCUUGAAAAGAAAUAUAAAUGUCUGAUAACUACAGCAGUUCAGCAGUGUGUUCAGUACUUGGAAUUAUGUGAGGCUAUGAAAGCUGAUGAAGUUUCGGGACAUCCAAAGCAUUGUGGAAACAAGCAAAAAAGUUUCUACUAUUCAGGACAAGAAUUGCAAUAUAUUUAUUUCAUUCAUUCACUGUGCCUUUUAGGAAGAUUGUUGAUCUAUACACAAGGCAGGAAAUUAUUCCCCAUAAAGUUGAAGAAUAGAAAAGAUUCGGUAUCCCUCACAAAUCUGCUGGUUUUGUUUACUCAACUUAUCUAUUAUUCACCAAGUUGUCCAAAGAUGACAUCUGUCAUGGAUUCAGAGAAUUAUUCUCCUGCAAGUAUGGUGACUGACGUUCUGCGGAUGCUCUACGACCAGAAAGAGUGUGCUGUUGAGUGCUUAUACAACAGCACAGUGACAGAGGCGCUUCUCCAGCCCAUUCAUAACCUGAUGAAAGGAACUGCGGCUGCUCCACAUUUCUCUGAAACAGCUCUAAUUCACAUAGCUGAUAUUUUGUCAAGAAUCGCUUCUGUAGAGGAAGGACUCACUUUACUUCUAUAUGGAGAAAAUAUGAACUCUUCUGAAGAAGAGAGUCCUACAGGUGCUCAUAUAAUAGCCCAGUUUUCAAAGAAGCUUCUUGAAGAAGACAUUUCUAUUUUUUCUGGAUCAGAGAUGUUGCCUAUAGUAAAAGGAGCAUUUAUUUCUGUGUGUCGUCAGAUAUAUGGUACAUGUGAAGGCUUACAGGCAUUGCUUCCUUAUGGUUUACAUGAAUCUAUAGCAAAGGCAUGGAAGAAGACAAGCUUGCUAUCAGAAAGGAUCCCCACUCCAGUUGAGGGCUCUGAUUCAGUUUCCUCAUUGAGCCAGGAGUCUCCCAAUAGUGUGGCUUGGGAAGACAAUUUGUUGGACGAUUUACUCAAUUUUGCUGCCACCCCCAAAGGACUGCUGCUUCUUCAGAGAACAGGUGCCAUCAACGAAUGCGUGACGUUUAUGUUCAGCCAGUAUGCAAAAAAGCCACAGGUCAACAGGCAGAAGAAGUUUGGCUAUGAAGUCUUGGUUGUGCAGGUGGCAUCCACAGCAGCAGGGGCAGUGGCUCUACAGAAUUCAGGCUUCAUUAGUGCACUUAUAACUGAGUUAUGGUCCAACCUUGAAUGUGGAAGAGAUGAUGUAAGACUAACUCACCCCAGAGCUACUCCAGUGGACCCAAUUGACCGGAGCUGUCAGAAGUCCUUCCUUGCACUGGUGAACCUGUUGUCCUACCCUUCGGUGUAUGAGCUAACAGGCAAUCGGGAGCUUCCUAAUAAGGCAGAGUAUUCUCUUCGUGAAGUUCCAACAUGCAUCAUCGAUAUAAUGGAUAGGCUCAUCAUUUUGAACUCUGAAGCUAAGAUCCGGUCUUUACUGAAUUAUGAACAAUCACACACAUUUGGUCUAAGGUUACUGAGUGUGGUGUGCUGUGAUCUGGAUGCACUUCUCUUACUGGAGGCCCAGUAUCAAGUAUCCAACAUGUUAUUACACGCUCAAGAAGAAAAUACCUUUGAGACCUCUGAGAACCACAGGAACUUUAUAAUUGAUGGAUUAUCAGUAGAGAGAAAUCAUGUUCUCGUAAGGAUUAAUCUUAUUGGUGGACCUUUGGAGCGGAUUUUGCCUCCAAGGAUGCUUGAGAACGGGGAUGACCCAUAUCCUUGGCCAGUGUUUUCUUCAUAUCCAUUGCCACACUGCUAUCUGUUAGAAGGUCCACGAAGUGCUGAUGUAAAACAAGACAAUGAUAUUGGAAACCUGCUAUCAUGCUUCAAAAUGUGUGAUAAACAAACCGAGUGGAUAGAAAACUGCCGAAAACAGUUUGGCAAAACAAUGAAGUCCAAGCCAGAUGCAGUCUGUGGAAGUGCCUUAGGAGAACUACUGGAAAAAUUUGUGCUGCUUCUCAGUGAAAACCCGUCUGAAUGUUACUUCCCUUCAGUGGAAUACACAGCUACUGAUGCAAAUGUGAGGAAUGAAAGCCUCUCCUCUGUGCAGCAGCUUGGCAUUAAAAUGGCUGUCAGGUAUGGGAAGUUUCUCAAUUUGUUAAAAGACGGUGCAGAAAAUGAUCUUGCUUUGGUCUUAAAGCACUGUGAGAAAUUCCUGAAACAACAACAGUCACCGGUCACUUCUUCUCUCCUGUGCCUGCAAGGAAACUACGCAGGCCAUGACUGGUUUGUGUCUUCUCUGUUUCUGAUAAUGCUGGGGGACAAGGAGAAGACCCUCCACUUUCUCCAGCAUUUCUCCAGGCUCCUGACCUCUGCCUUCCUUUGGGUACCAAGGCUGCAUAAUUCUAGGUACCUUCCUGUUGACACCCUAGAGACCGGCAUCCCUCCUGUAUAUUUUUGCAGUGCUCACUACAUUGAAAUGCUGCUCAAGGCUGAGGUGCCGCUUGUGUUUUCAGCUUUCCAUAUGUCCGGGUUUGCUCCAUCCCAGAUUUGCCUACAGUGGAUAACUCAAUGUUUUUGGAAUUACUUAGAUUGGAUAGAAAUAUGCCAUUAUAUUGCUACUUGUGUUGUCCUUGGCCCUGAUUAUCAAGUGUAUAUCUGCAUAGCCAUUCUCAAACAUCUGCAGCGAGACAUUCUCCACCACACCCAGACUCAAGAUCUGCAAGUCUUCCUCAAAGAAGAAGCACUGCAUGGGUUUCGCCUGAGCAACUAUUUUGAAUACAUGGAGAUUCUGGAGCAAAACUACCGACCAGUGCUGCUGCGAGACAUGCGCAGCAUCAGAGUGCAGAGCGCAUAGACCAGGAGAAACACACUCCAAUUUUAUGUCCUCUUCAUUUGUAAAGGAGACAAGGCAGCUUGAUGGUGUUCUGUCUACAUCUGUAAGAUCCUUUGUGUGUCCAUGCACUGUACAUCAGCACUGUGGGGUUUGGAACAGAAUAUAUUCAUCUUGCUCUUUGCUCAAUGUGUGGAAUUAAGUGAGUUCAUUUGUGAAGUCCCUUGUUCUUUAAAUUUUUAGAAUAAGUUCUAGGUUAUAGUUUUUAUUUUAUGUUUGACUUACAAAGGGAUCAAAGACCUUAAUGUAAAACCAAAAUAUUUGAAACUACUAGAAGAAAAACUCUUGAAAAUAUGAACAUAGCCAAUGGCUUCCAAGUAAGAUCCUGAUAGCUAAGGAAAUAAAAGCAGGCAUGGACAGAUUGUACAACAACGUACUUGCAAAGUAAAAGAAAGGAAAGCUAGGGUUUCAACCAUGGAAAAUCCUAGCCAAUUAUUCACCCAAUAAAGGGAUAAGAUUUAGAACAUAUGUUGAACUUAUUUAAUUACAAAACAGUAGAAGAUCAAAAAGACUCCAGUGAACAAGUGGGCAAAGAAGAGAGCAGACCCUUCACACGAUGAAGUACCAGUUGUGAACGAGUACCUGAAGAGAAGCUCUCUGCCUUUACCCACCUGGAGAAUGACCAUCCAAACUACUUCACCUCAUCAGAAUGGCUAUCAAGAAAACCAAUGGCAGUCAGGACUGGUGGGGAGAAGGGACUUAGAAAUUACUAGUGGCUAUGUAAAUUCUUCUAGCUACCGUGGAAAUCGGUGUGCAGGUUCCUCAAAAAGCUAAAACGUGACUCAGCCAUACCACUUAUAUGAUAUAAAUAAGUACAUAAA